GUUGUUCAUUUUAUUUUACUACUUAUUGUUGAUACGCCUCGAACAUGAGGUGACUGACGACUCCUACCGUUAUCAUCAUAUUUAAAAAUUAAUCUUCAAAAUGGUUUCACUUUGGCCAUGGAAGGUAUGUGAAGCUUCAUUUUGACAUGUGCAUUCACGGCGUCACACUAACUUAAUAUUUUGUUCACAGCGUGAGGAUAAUUCUCCUGCCUCCUUUGAGAAGACCCUAUCCGCUUUGGCAGAGAAGAUCUCCAAAUCGCAAGCACAGCUAGAGUCUCGCAGAAUCCGUGGCAGACGUGUGAAGGCAUUAUGGACAUUAUAUGCAAGUUUCGCAUAUUUGGUGGUGUUCGUUAUAGUUAUUCUAGUGAUCGGUUGGAAGAAUUUGACAGCCUUGGAAUAUACUGGUCUUGCGGGAAGUCCAUUAAUGUUAGUAUCACUAAAGAAACGUGUUAUCUAGAUGACAUACUGAUACUAGUACUAUUAUAGAAUUUAUCUCAUUCGAAGUGGCAUAACGAGAUACUACGAUUAUGUGGUUGAAUCCAUCACGCAUCGUUUGGAGGAACAACAAGCCCAAAGGGCCAAGACUAUCGACAAAUUGAAGGCUGCCACGAAAUACAACUCCACACAAGAACUUCUUGAGAAAUAUGGUGGCGCUCCACCAAAACCUGCUGCACCGAAGAGAACUCCAUCCGCGAAGAAGACUUCAAAGAACAAAGAUGCGCAACCCCCACGAACAAGCAUGGGCCCACCUGCGACAGCAAAUAUACCCCGCCCUAAUCAAAUUCCGAGUCAGCCUUCUACCCCUCAACCACUUGGAAACAGGACUCCUCCUCCUCCUGCCUUUAUUGCUCCAUCUCCGCCGCCUAUGGCUCCUCGUAGCGAGCCAGGCCCUCCCGAAUUUGCACCAAACGCAUUUUCAGGUCCAUCUCAAUAUGCACAGGGUCAACAUACCCAGAAUGGAGAGUUUGUCGCUGAAGGACACUGGUACGAUCGGGUGUUAGAUUUAUUGCUCGGAGAGGAUGAAACACACCCCAAGAAUCGACUGGCAUUGAUAUGCAAAAAUUGUCGACUUGUAAAUGGUCAAGCACCACCUGGUACAAAAGCUUUGGCAGACUUGGGAAAGUGGAGAUGCUUUGGGUGCCGAGCUUUGAACGGGGAGGAAGAUGAAGGUGCAAAGGCCGUGCAAGAAAUGAAGGAAAAAAUCCAGGAAACGAACGUAAAGGAGGAAAUCACUUCCGAGCUUGAUGAUAGAAGUACGGAGAAUGCUGAAGACACGCCGGGCAGUGAGGACUUUGAGCACGAUCAUCAUAUCAAGGAUGAAGAACCGUCAGAAGAGGAGAAGGUUGAGGUCAAGCCGAAACGGGAACGGCCCAAAUCAACCCGCCGAAAGGCAUAACUUGUCAUAAUUUUUCUUAUUUUCUUCACGGGCUUCCUUAUUUACAAGCCACAUCAUAUCUCAUGACUUUGUUGUGUAUUCUAUCUGUCAGAUGGCGAUUUGCCCAUCUCAAAAAUCAUUAUUAAAUCAUCCUUUAGUUCACUUGCACCAUGCUCAACGAGGUUGUGAUCAAUGCAUAAAUUUUUAUUCUCGCGAAUCUUCCGUCUUUCGUCUUUCGUCCUUCGUCUUGGACGUCUCGGUUAUCCCCUUUUGCUUGAAUU